AUGGACGAGAUACAAGUCAUAUCACUAAUCCUACUUGCUGCAAUUUUUUGUGGGCUUGGUGCAAGCUUAACAACAGUGGACAUUGGUUAAAUUGGUGAAUGACUAGGAUAUCCAACAAAAACAGUGAAUUCUUUUGUGUCUCUAGUGAGUAUAUGCAAUUAUUUUGGAGGGGUAUUUGCUGGAUUUGCCUCUUCAACCAUGCUUGUAAAGUACAAAACUCCUAGACCAUUGAUGAUGAUUGUCCUACUGUUAUCAUGCAUAGGCCACCUUAUCAUUGCCUUUCCUUUCUCUAAUUCAGUUUCUGUAGCCUCACUAUUCAUUGUGGGAUUCUGAUUUGGUGCAUAGUGGCCUUUGCUUUUUGCCGCAAUUUCUGAGCUCUGUGGCCUCAAGGACUGCUCCACAUUGUUCAAUUGUGGCCAAUUGGAAAGUCCUGUUGGGUCAUAUAUACUGAAUGUGCAGGUCACUGGAAUUUUGUAUGACAAUGAGGCAACCAGAUAGCUAAAAGCUAAGGGUUUAGAUAGAUGAGCAGUGAAGGAAUUGGUUUGCAUUGGUGUUGAAUGUUACAGAAAGCCAGCUUUAUUUGGAGCUUUUGUUUCACUGAUAUUGGUGGUCAGGACAAGAAAAUUUGGCAGUGAUGAUACAUACAAGAAAUUCAGAGAGACAAGGAUUGAGCUGAUGAAUAAUGACAUGCUAAAACGCCUCAUUUAA